UUGGUUUUUAAAUAUGAAACAUCAAUAUCAGUGUGUUAUGAGCAGUCUUAGUGAUGUGAGGAUAAAUAACAAAUUCUAACUCCAGUUGGGCUCCUGGACCCUAAUGGGCAGAGCCAGAUUUGAAAGGAUAAAGGAUUGCAAAGAGGAACUGGACAGGGACAGUGAUUCUGAAUUUGCCGUGAAGGAACAUGGUUAGAUGGGAGACGAAGCUUGGAGCGCAUCCAGCUCACCUGAAGUUGAACCUGGGCUAGAUGGGGUCAUGGCAGCGCUAAAGGAGUUGAUUAAAUCAAGGUGUUGGCCGUUAGUGUGAAGAGGAAGAACCUGUGAACAGUUAGGCGGCUUCAGCGUUUGCCCCUCGAUUAAAUGUGUGGCCAAUUCUUAUUUGGAAGUGGAAACAUGACUACUGUCAAUCUGGGUAUUCAGUAUGUUUUUUUCUUAUUUUUUUGUUGUUGCCCUUCAAUUUAUUUUCACAGGCAUAUUGUUUUCUUCGUGUGUUUUUUUCAGUAUGUUUUUUAAAGAUAAAUGUAUUCACCAACAUUUUUUUAAAGUAUAAUUGAGUCUGAGAGGCCUUCAGAAUGCAAUGCCUUAGUCCCCUUUUGAUCAAUAAAUACCCCAGUGGAGACAUUUAUUUAUUUAUUAUGUAAACAAAUUGGUUUUUAGGGACAGAAACAUUGACCUGCACCCGCCCAUGCAUUGGUUGCUAAAACCCAACUCCUUAGAGCGAGCAGAAGGCGCGGGGCCUUCAGCCCAAUAGGGAGGCGCCGGGCGCGGGGCGGCCCGUUUCCCUGCGCGCGCCCUUUAAGGCCCGCGCGCGGCGCGUGGCCGCAGUGGGUGCCCGCGGAGCUACGAGGCAGCGUGGCCAUGGACGUGGGCGCGGACGAGUUCGAGCAGAACCUCCCUCUGCUGCAGGAGCUGGUCCAGGGCGCGGACUUCCUGGGUCUGGACAUAGAGUUCACGGGCCUUCGCACUAACCUGUCCGGGUCCCAGCAGAUCAGUCUUUUUGACUUGCCAUCGGAGUGGUACCUAAAGACCCGUCGGAGUGUUCAGCAAUUUACAAUCUGUCAGAUUGGACUGUCUGUGUUUUCCAGUGUCGAAGGCGAGUCGAACAGGUACAUAGCCCAUUCCUGUAACUUCUUUCUCUUCCCUACGACGUUUGGGAUUCUGGACUCGGAAUUCUCUUUCCAGGCCUCUAGCGUACAGUUUCUGAAUCAGUAUGGCUUCGACUAUAACAAGUUUCUCAAACAUGGAAUCCCCUACAUGAACGAAGAGCAGGAGAAGCAAAUCAAACACAGCAUCCUGACUGGGAACUGGAGAGUCCGCAGUUCCCUGGACAAAGACCAAAUGAAGGCGGUGAUCGAUGAGGUGACUCGGUGGCUGCACCUGGCGGAGGAAGGCGACUGGAUGACGCUCCCUGGUAUCGCUGGCUUCCAGGCCUUCGAGGUCCAGCUGGUGCUGAGGCAGGCCCUCCCGGACAUCUGGACGGUGCUGAGAGACCAGGCGGUGAUAGUGAAGAAGGUGAGCAGGCAGCACCGCUGGUACCUCCAGAACACCUCCUCCGACCGAGAGAGCUGCUGGAAGGAGAAGAUCCUGCUCUCCGCCAGGGGCUUCUCUGUGUUUUUCCAGAUGCUGGUGAAAGCCCAGAAGCCCUUGGUGGGACAUAACAUGCUGAUGGACCUGCUGCAUCUGCAUGAGAAGUUCUUCAGGCCCCUCCCAGAAAGCUACCACCAGUUCAAGCGCAACAUCCACAGCCUCUUUCCCGUCCUCCUUGACACCAAGAAUGUGACCAAGGACAUAUGGAAGGACCUGAAUUUCCCGAGGGUUUCCAAUCUCUCCGAGGUGCACGAAGUCCUGAGCAGUGACUUGAAUCCCACCAAGGACUCUGGGCCAGUGAUCAUUCACGCCAGCAAGUGCGAGAGAUACGCUGAGACAAAGUACCCCCACGAAGCAGCAUACGACGCCUUCCUCUGCGGAUCAGUUCUUCUGAAAGUGGCGCACUUGCUCCUGUGGAGAGUGCACGGGGCCGGCCCCACCCCGGAGCCCUCCUUCCCCCGGUACCUGGACGUGCUGGCCCCCUACGUGAACCAGGUGAACCUGAUCCGCGCCGGGGUCCCCAAGAUCAACUUCUCUGGCCCAGAUUAUCCCAGUAUCCGGCCCCCCAUCCUCGUCCUCAGCGUCCGGAGGUGGCCGGGGGUCACCGAGCAGCAGAUCUAUCGCGAGUUCCAGAGUCUCUGCAAAUUCGACGUCCGGCGACUCACGCGGAACCAGUUCCUGCUCUUGACCAACAAGUUCAAGGACGCCCGGAGCGUCCUGAGGGAGUACCGGGGCCACCCCACGCUGCAGGUGUCGCUGUACCGGUACUGGAGGCACUCCCCGGACGUCCGCUGCCUGCUGCAAGUCUGUGGCAUAGUCACCGCCUGGGCCCUUCUCACGUUUCUCCUGGGGCGACCCGGCCCCUGACGCCGCCCGAGCCCUGCCGCUCCUGUCUCUGCGCCUCUCCGGGAGGCCAGCCGUUUGUGUUCGUGGGAAUCCUAUUCUACUUGCCAAUGGACCGGCCUGGUCAUUGCGAAGGAUUUCGUUAUGUUUUGAGCAAGAAAUUCUGUAAAUGUUAUCAAUGAUACAGACAUCCUUGGGCGGCUCUCCCUCCGGGAGCGUGCCCACCCCUCCCCCCCUCCCCUCGCAGGCGUCUCACCUUUACCGUCUCUCCCCUCAGCUCCCAGGGCCUUCUUUGCUGUAACUUGUUUCCUCAGCCUGUUUCUUCUAUAUAUAUAUAGCUCAGUUCUUCUAGCUCUGAGACUUUCUAAAUAAGCUUUCUCUUAUUUAAAAACAGAAGGGGGAGGGGGGGCUUGGCCUGGUGGCUCAGUUGGUUGGACAUCGUCCUGUGCACCAAAAAGUUGCUGGUUUGAUUCCUGGUCAGGGCACCU